GCCGGCCGCUCCCCCUUCGUCUGCAUUUGCUCUAGGGUUUUGGGACGGUAGGUUGCGGAGUCCUUACCCUGGCGUCUCGAGCAGUUGUCCCCAUAACUCGGAAUCUAGAGCUGCUGUUGCGAGGCAGGAGCACGUGGCAGUCAGGUAGCUUCCCAGUCCCGAAUGCCGCCCGUCCCCACCCCGACGUGGCCACUAGCAACGACCUCUGUGAAGUUGGAGAGGCGGUGACGGAGGCACUCCCCCUGCUGCACCCCGCCGUUUCCACGGGGCUCAGAAACCAGUUUGUUUGUUGCGUCGGGGUAGUGUCGACCUGUCUUACGGGCGUUGCCCGAGGCAGGACGGAGUCAAACCCGUGGCGUCAACUGAAGGCGAGUGUCAGGUGUGGAGGGUCUCAGUGACCCCUUUCAGUCUAGACUGUGAGCUGCUGCUGGUUAGACAGACUUGGUUUCUCUUUCAGGAUGUCAUUUUCAAAAUGCGGGAUGGUACCUCUGCUUUAUGAAGCCCCAUAGGAAGACUGCCACACCUAGACUGACGCUUGUUAGUCAUCACCGUUAUUUCUACUAACGUCCUGUGUCACUGAGUUUUUUAAAUGUCUAGCAUAUCUGUAAAGAUGCCUUAGAAAAAGAAUCAUGGAGAAAUAUGUUAGACUACAGAAGAUUGGAGAAGGUUCAUUUGGAAAAGCCAUUCUUGUUAAAUCUACAGAAGAUGGCAGACAGUAUGUUAUCAAGGAAAUUAACAUCUCAAGAAUGUCCAGUAAAGAAAGAGAAGAAUCAAGGAGAGAAGUUGCAGUAUUGGCAAACAUGAAGCAUCCAAAUAUUGUCCAGUAUAAAGAAUCAUUUGAAGAAAAUGGUUCUCUCUACAUAGUGAUGGAUUACUGUGAGGGAGGAGAUCUGUUUAAGCGAAUAAAUGCUCAGAAAGGCGUUUUGUUUCAAGAGGAUCAGAUUUUGGACUGGUUUGUACAGAUAUGUUUGGCCCUGAAACAUGUACAUGAUAGAAAAAUUCUUCAUCGAGACAUUAAAUCUCAGAACAUAUUUUUAACUAAAGAUGGAACUGUACAACUUGGAGAUUUUGGAAUUGCUAGAGUUCUUAAUAGUACUGUAGAGCUGGCUCGAACUUGCAUAGGGACCCCAUACUACUUGUCACCUGAAAUCUGUGAAAACAAACCUUACAAUAAUAAAAGUGACAUUUGGGCUCUGGGGUGCGUCCUUUAUGAACUGUGUACACUUAAACAUGCUUUUGAAGCUGGCAGUAUGAAAAACUUGGUACUGAAGAUAAUAUCCGGAUCUUUUCCACCUGUGUCUUUGCAUUAUUCCUAUGAUCUCCGCAGUUUGGUGUCUCAGUUAUUUAAAAGAAAUCCUAGGGAUAGACCAUCAGUCAACUCCAUAUUGGAGAAAGGUUUUAUAGCCAAACGCAUUGAAAAGUUUCUCUCUCCUCAGCUUAUUGCAGAAGAAUUUUGUCUAAAAACGUUUUCAAAGUUUGGAUCACAGCCCAUACCAGCUAAAAGACCAGCUUCAGGACAAAACUCGAUUUCUGUUAUGCCUGCUCAGAAAAUUACAAAGCCUGCCGCUAAAUAUGGAAUACCUUUAACAUAUAAGAAAUACGGAGAGAAAAAAUUAUAUGAAAAGAAACCACUGCAAAAACAUAAACAGGUGCUGCUGAAACUCACAGGGAAGCUGGUAGGGGCACUGGCCAAACACUCCUGGAAGGUGCCUGUAGGGGCCCAUCAAACUCCAGAGAAGAGAGUGAAUACUGGAGAAGAAAGGAGGAGAAUGUCUGAGGAAGCAGCAAGAAAGAGAAGGCUGGAAUUUAUUGAAAAAGAAAAGAAACAAAAGGAUCAGAUUAUUAGUUUAAUGAAGGCUGAACAAAUGAAAAGGCAAGAAAAGGAAAGGUUGGAAAGAAUAAAUAGGGCCAGGGAACAAGGAUGGAGAAAUGUGCUAAGUGCUGGUGGAGGUGGUGAAGUAAAGGCUCCUUUUCUUGGCAGUGGAGGGACUAUAGCUCCAUCAUCUUUUUCUUCUCGAGGACAGUAUGAACAUUACCAUGCCAUUUUUGACCAAAUGCAGCAACAGAGAACAGAAGAUAAUGAAACUAAAUGGAAAAGAGAAAUAUAUGGUCGAGGUCUUCCAGAAAGCGGAAUUCUGCCUGGAGUUCGUCCAGGAUUUCCUUAUGGGGCUGCAGGUCAUCACCAUUUCCCUGAUGCUGAUGAUAUUAGAAAAACUUUGAAAAGAUUGAAGGCGGUGUCUAAACAAGCCAAUGCAAACAGGCAAAAAGGGCAGCUAGCUGUAGAAAGAGCUAAACAAGUAGAAGAGUUCCUGCAGCGAAAACGGGAAGCUAUGCAGAAUAAAGCUCGAGCCGAAGGACAUAUGGGAAUCCUGCAAAACCUGGCAGCUAUGUAUGGAGGCAGGCCCAGCUCUUCAAGAGGAGGGAAGCCAAGAAACAAAGAGGAAGAGGUUUAUCUGGCGAGACUGAGGCAAAUAAGACUACAGAAUUUCAAUGAACGCCAACAGAUUAAAGCCAAACUUCGUGGUGAAAAGAAAGAAGCUAAUCGUUCUGAAGGACAAGAAGGAAGUGAAGAGGCUGACAUGAGGCGCAAAAAAAUCGAAUCCCUGAAGGCCUAUGCAAAUGCACGUGCUGCUGUACUGAAAGAACAACUAGAACGAAAGAGAAAGGAAGCUUAUGAGAGAGAAAAAAAAGUGUGGGAAGAGCAUUUGGUGGCUAAAGGAGUUAAGAGUUCUGAUGUUUCUCCACCUUUGGGACAGCAUGAAGCAGGUGGCUCUCCAUCAAAGCAACAGAUGAGAUCGGUUAUUUCUGUGACUUCAGCUUUGAAAGAAGUUGGCGUGGACAGUAGUUUAACUGAUACCCGGGAAACUUCAGAAGAAAUACAAAAGACCAACAAUGCUAUUUCAAGUAAGCGAGAAAUACUUCGUAGAUUAAAUGAAAACCUUAAAGCUCAAGAAGAUGAAAAAGGAAAGCAGCAUCUCUCUGAUACUUGUGAGAUAAAUGUUCUUGAAGAUGCCAAAGAGCAUGAAAAAGAAAAAUCAGUUUCAUCUGAUCGCAAGAAGUGGGAGGCAGGAGGUCAACUUGUGAUUCCUCUGGAUGAGUUAACACUAGAUACAUCCUUCUCUACAACUGAAAGACGCACAGUGGGAGAAGUUAUUAAAUUCGAUCCUAAUGGAUCUCCAAGAAGAGCCUGGGGGAAAAGUCCUACAGAUUCUGUUCUAAAGAUACUUGGAGAAGCUGAACUACAACUUCAGACAGAACUAUUAGAAAAUACAACUAUUAGAAGUGAUAUUUCUCCUGAAGGGGAAAAGUAUAAACCCUUAAUUACUGAAGAAGAAAAAGUGCAAUGUAUUUCACAUGAAAUAAACCCAUCAGCUAUUGUUGAUUCUCCUAUUGAGACAAAAAGCCCCGAGUUUAGUGAGGCAUCUCCACAGAUGUCAUUGAAACUGGAAGGAAAUUUAGAAGAACCUGAUGAUUUGGAAACAGAAGUUCUACAAGAGCCAAGUGGAACAAACAAAAAUGAGAGCUUGCCAUGCACUGUUACUGAUGUGUGGAUUAGUGAGGAAAAAGAAACAAAGGAAACUCAGUUGGAAGAUAGGAUCACCAUUCAGGAAAAUGAAGUUUCUGAAGAUGGAGUCUCAAGUACUGUGGACCAACUUAGUGACCUUCAUAUCGAGACUGGAGCCAAUGAUUCUCAGCACUCUAAAUGUGAUGUAGAUAAGUCUGUGCAACCAGAGCCAUUUUUCCAUAAGGUGGUUCAUUCUGAACACUUGAACUUAGUCCCUCAAGUUCAGUCAGUUCAGUGUUCACCAGAAGAAUCCUUUGCAUUUCGAUCUCACUCGCAUUUACCACCAAAAAAUAAAAACAAGAAUUCCUUGCUGAUUGGACUUUCAACUGGUCUGUUUGAUGCAAACAACCCAAAGAUGUUAAGGACAUGUUCACUUCCAGAUCUCUCAAAGCUGUUCAGAACCCUUAUGGAUGUUCCCACCGUAGGAGAUGUUCGUCAAGACAAUCUUGAAAUAGAAGAAAUUGAAGAUGAAAACAUUAAAGAAGGACCUUCUGAUUCUGAAGACAUUGUGUUUGAAGAAACUGACACAGAUUUACAAGAGCUGCAGGCCUCGAUGGAACAGUUACUUAGGGAACAACCUGGUGAAGAAUACAGUGAAGAAGAAGAGUCAGUCUUAAAGAACAGUGAUGUGGAGCCAACUGCAAAUGGGACAGAUGUGGUGGAUGAAGAUGACAAUCCCAGCAGUGAAAGUGCCCUGAACGAAGAAUGGCACUCAGAUAACAGUGAUGGGGAAACUGCUAGUGAAUGUGAAUACGAUAGUGUCUUUAACCAUUUAGAGGAACUGAGACUUCAUCUGGAGCAGGAAAUGGGCUUUGAAAAAUUAUUUGAGGUUUAUGAGAAAAUAAAGGCUAUUCAUGAAGAUGAAGAUGAAAAUAUUGAAAUUUGUUCAAAAAUAGUUCAAAAUAUUUUGGGAAAUGAACAUCAGCAUCUUUAUGCCAAGAUUCUUCAUUUAGUCAUGGCAGAUGGAGCCUAUCAAGAAGAUAAUGAUGAAUAAUCCUCAAAAUGAUUUUUAAUCCUCAACUAUAUGAAAGCAUUUGAAUUUGGCUCAUCAGAAUAACAAGCUUCAGUGGGAAAUACAGCAAUUAUUUAUUUAAAAAAUCAGAUUUAAGAUGGUCUUGCUUAUUGCCUGAAAAAGAUGGAGAAACAUGCCAUUUUUCAAUGAAGAUUCUAAUAUUUUAUCUAUUUUAUUUUGUUCGUUGAAUUCCAUGGUUAAAUCCUGUAAAAUAUAUACUUUAUUAAAUCAUCCAACCAAAGCGUAGGAAACAUUGACCCAGAACCUGGCUUAAUGGUUUCGAAGAUUUACUAUGCAAUAGGGUAACUCUGACUUUCAGCAAUUGUCUUUAGGUUGAGGGAAUUACCUAUGUCAUGAAGGACCUGUCUGUGGUUUUUCAAUGAAGUCUUUAAGAAUGACCUUUUUUCUGUCUAGUACUUGUUUUCAUUCUGGCCAGCAGUUCUACGUUAAAUCAUCUUGUCAAGGGCUCUAUUUAGAUCUAUACAUUUUGAAGAUGAAAUUUUUAGCCUUAAAGUUUAUAUUCUCAAGUCCUUUUACAACCAGUGUGUCUCCUGAACUAGCACACAGGCUGUAGAAACAGUCUUAGAAAUCAUUGAAAGAUUUGAUUAUGAAAGAAUAGCAAAAUUAUAUUUCCUGACAUAUAAAAAGUUGGUUUAAUGCCUUUAUUUCUCUUUAAGGACCAGAACCAGGAAUACUAUAUUGAAAAAUUAGUCUGUGGAUUUAACAUUGACCUAGCAUAUAGCUUAAAGUUGCUCUUUUGGUUUUUAACUUCGUCUCAUACAUAUGUUCCAAGGACAAUGUGAUGUUAAAAAGGAGGACAUAAUUAUUUUUAUGUUGACACUGUGACAGUUUUGGUAACUAAGAUCCUAGAUUUAGUUAGGUCAUUAAGAUGAUGAUCACACAGCUUCAAUCGCAAUAUGCCAAGUAUAACCUGGUUUCGUUAGUGUUGUCUACAGUCCAGAUGUUCUUCGUAAUAAAAGCAGAGUUUUUGAACCUCUGAGUACAAAGCAGGCUGGUUGGCAUAAUAUGUAAUUUGAAAAAUAAAAUCUUAUCUUGCAGCACUAUCAGUAUGUUGAAUUUAUUAUGUGUAUUAUUUCUAAUAUCCAAAACUAAAUACUUGAUUUUUAUAUGUGUGUUUAUUUUCUGAUAUUGCUAUUAAAUUUUUAUUAUCUA